GUAGAUAUGCGCGUUUUGACUGCGACGGUGACCUUAACCGUCCCUCACCCCCUGUUCCACUUUCUGUACCCGAUUGUAAAAAACCAGAUUCCCUCCUAGAGAACAAAGGUACAUUUCCCCCUCUCCCCCACUACACUCUGCAAUCGGGGACAACGUUCGGUACCUCUUCCCCUUCUUCGUAUGAGGUCAGAAGGUGAGGGAAAACUCAAAGGUGUGCAAGCUUCUCGCAGGCUUCGAAAAGUCAAGGACACUGGAUUGAGGCAGCUAUAAAAGGACCAGAAUGUAGAUAUUUUCUCACAUAACCAGGCAGAGCAAGGUGCUGCUGUGAACGACUACAUGGAGAACCAGAGCCCAGUCAACCGUUGCGAUGGAGGCCAUACCACGAGGGGCAAGAUUCGAGAACUUUUGAAGGAGGAAAGCAUGGUAGGCUUGUACGAGUUCUCACUCGAUCGAUCAAGACGACGCUACCAAGAACGCGAGAACGAGUCCAGCCACAAGUUCACGAGGGGACUGGAAACGAAGCUCGAACUGGGAACGGUAUGUACAAUAACAUCUACUGGGCCUAUUGUCGUGCUGUUUGUCUUUUCCAGAAAUGGGAUUCGCCACUGAAUCUUCGCUGGAUUAGCUUUCCUUAUAUUCUUGUUCACGAGCAUGCAGUUGCCCGUCAGCCCCUCAUAAUUCGUGUGCGGCCCAUGAAUCUAAUUACACCUUCAAUCUUCCAGACGGAGCGGUCCAAGUCGCAGUCUCGUAUCGCCGCCAAGUAUCGGGACGUGUUCGGCAGCUUCUGGGAUAUGCCGUCCGCCAUUCCUCCCCUGUCGCCUGGGACGUGCUGCGCGUCACUGUCGCCAAGCCGCCCGUCUCCAGGCCUGCCGCAACAGGGACCGGUGCCUUCUCCUAAAACGACGUCCCCCGAGGCCGCACCUAAGAGGACUCCAGGCGAGGCGUCCCAUGGACACCGGCCUCGCACCUCCGGGAGGGCCUUCCGGUUCUCCCGCUCGGAGCUGAGUGCUCUUUCGCCUCCAUCACUCGCGGCGUCCAAAAGAGGAAUCGGCCAGAGGCUGGCGUCUUUCUUCCGGGCCACCAAGGCCAAGAGGACACCUCGCAAUCAGCGGUUCUUUACUCGAGGCUACAUGCCAACGUGGAAGCUCGCGAGCCCCAUGCUGGGACGUCGCAGCUGUUGCCGCUUCGCCUCCUUGCGCGACCGAGUGCCGGCCCUCAUCCGCAAGUCGCUACGCCGCCGGUCCUAUGGCUACGCGGUCAACCCAUUACCACGUGUCUAG